AUGCCACAUAUCAUUUUAAUCAUUAUCAUCACUCACAGCCCACCUUCAUCACUCACAGCCCACCGUCAUCACCCGCAGCCCACUGUCAUCACCCAGAGCCCACCUUCAUCACCCACAGCCCACCUUCAUCACCCAUAUCCCACCGUCAUCAGCCACAGCCCACCAUCGUCACCAACAGCCCACCGUCAUCACCCACAUCCCACCGUCAUCAGCCACAGCCCACCUUCAUCAGCCACAGCCCACCUUCAUCAGCCACAGCCCACCUUCAUCACCCACAGCCCACCAUCAUCAGCCACAGCUCACCGUCAUCACCCGCAGCCCACCGUCAUCACCCACAGCCCACCGUCAUCACCCACAGCUCACCGUCAUCACCCACAGCUCACCGUCAUCACCCACAGCCAUCAGCCACAGCCCACCUUCAUCACCCACAGCCCACCAUCAUCACUCACAGCCCACCGUCAUCAGCCACAGCCCACCAUCAUCAGCCACAGCCCACCAUCAUCAGCCACAGCCCACCAACAUCAGCCACAGCCCACCAUCAUCACCCACAGCCCACCAUCAUCACCCACAGCCCACCGUCAUCAGCCACAGCCCACCAUCAUCAGCCACAGCCCACCGUCAUCAGCCACAGCCCACCAUCAUCAGCCACAGCCCACCUUCAUCACCCACAGCCCACCAUCACCACCCACAGCCCACCGUCAUCAGCCACAGCCCACCGUCAUCAGCCACAGCCCACCAUCAUCACCCACAGCUCACCGUCAUCACCCACAGCCCACCAUCAUUACCCACAGCCCACCAGCAUCACCCACCGUCAUCACCCACAGCCACCGUCAUCACCCACAGCCCACCAUCAUCACUCACAGCCCACCGUCAUCAGCCACAGCCCACCAUCAUCAGCCACAGCCCACCAUCAUCAGCCACAGCCCACCAACAUCAGCCACAGCCCACCAUCAUCACCCACAGCCCACCAUCAUCACCCACAGCCCACCGUCAUCAGCCACAGCCCACCAUCAUCAGCCACAGCCCACCGUCAUCAGCCACAGCCCACCAUCAUCAGCCACAGCCCACCUUCAUCACCCACAGCCCACCAUCACCACCCACAGCCCACCGUCAUCAGCCACAGCCCACCAUCAUCACCCACAGCCCACCAUCAUCACCCACAGCCCACCAUCAUCACCCGCCGUCAUCACCCACAGCCACCGUCAUCACCCACAGCCCACCAUCACCACCCACAGCCCACCGUCAUCAGCCACAGCCCACCGUCAUCACCCACAGCCCACCAUCAUUACCCACAGCCCACCUUCAUCACCCACCGUCAUCACCCACAGCCACCGUCAUCACCCACAGCCCACCAUCAUUACCCACAUCCCACCUUUAUCACCCACCGUCAUCACCCGCAGCCCACCUUCAUCACCCGAGCCCACCUUCAUCACCCACAGCCCACCAUCAUCACCCAUAGCCCACCGUCAUCAGCCACAGCCCACCAUCAUCACCCACAGCCCACCAUCAUCACCCACAGCCCACCAUCAUCACCCGCCGUCAUCACCCACAGCCACCGUCAUCACCCACAGCCCACCAUCACCACCCACAGCCCACCGUCAUCAGCCACAGCCCACCGUCAUCACCCACAGCCCACCAUCAUUACCCACAGCCCACCUUCAUCACCCACCGUCAUCACCCACAGCCCACCAUCAUUACCCACAGCCCACCUUCAUCACCCACCGUCAUCACCCGCAGCCCACCUUCAUCACCCGAGCCCACCUUCAUCACCCACAGCCCACCAUCAUCACCCAUAGCCCACCGUCAUCACCCACAGCCCACCAUCAUCACCCACAGCCCACCAUCAUCACCCACAGCCCACCGUUAUCACCCACAGCCCACCAUCAUCAGCCACAGCUCACCGUCAUCACCCACAGCUCACCAUCAUUACCCACAGCCCACCAUCAUCACCCACAGCCCACCGUUAUCACCCACAGCCCACCAUCAUCAGCCACAGCUCACCGUCAUCACCCACAGCUCACCAUCAUUACCCACAGCCCACCAUCAUCAGCCACAGCCCACCGUUAUCACCCACAGCCCACCAUCAUCAGCCACAGCUCACCGUCAUCACCCACAGCCCACCUUCAUCACCCACCGUCAUCACCCACAGCCACCGUCAUCACCCACAGCCCACCAUCAUUACCCACAUCCCACCUUCAUCACCCACCGUCAUCACCCGCAGCCCACCAUCAUCACCCAUAG